CUUUAAAGUAGACAAAAUUCACAACAAAAACAGAGAGAAAGAGAGAGAGAGAGAGCAGAGCAGAGCAGAAGCAUGGCAAGAAAAAGAGCUUCAAAGCCAACAACGACAACAGAAGACACAAUAACAACAACAAAAGAAGCAAUUCUCACAAACAACAAAGAAACGAAACGUCCUCAAGAAACAAACAAUGACCAACCAAUUGCGCCACCAAAAAAAGGAUUCAUUUUCAAGCUCUCUCUUUUACUAAUAGCCCCGUAUUUCUACUUGCUCUUUUUUCACUACCAGAUCCAACAUGACCUCAUAAAACCUAUUCUUAUAAAUGCUGGUCUUAGUUUUGUUGGGUUUUUUCUUACUGUUAAGAUGAUUCCUGUAGCUUCUAAAUAUGUUUUGAGAAGGAAUUUGUUUGGUUAUGAUAUCAACAAGAAGGGCACUCCUCAAGGCACUGUUAAAGUGCCUGAGUCCUUGGGUAUUGUUGUUGCGGUAGUCUUCAUGGUUUUGACAAUAGUGUUUCAGUUUUUUACCUUUGCGCCAGAUUCCAUUUGGCUUGUUGAGUACAAUGCAGCAUUAGCAUCCAUUUGCUUCAUGACUCUACUCGGGUUCAUAGAUGAUGUCCUUGAUGUUCCAUGGAGAGUGAAAUUAGUGCUUCCAUCAAUUGCUGCCCUUCCUUUGUUGAUGGCAUAUGCUGGACAUACAACUAUCAUUAUACCAAAGCCUCUUAUUCCAUAUGUUGGGCUCAAGUUGUUGGACCUGGGAUUUAUAUAUAAGAUUUACAUGUGGUUUUUGGCAAUUUUCUGCACAAAUUGCAUUAACAUUCAUGCUGGUAUAAAUGGCCUUGAAGUUGGUCAAACCGUUGUGAUUGCAUCUGCGAUUUUGAUACAUAAUGUCAUGCAAAUUGGAGCAUCUGCGGAUCCCGAGUAUCAACAGGCCCAUGCAUUCUCUGUGUAUCUUGUCCAACCCUUACUGGCAACCUCCAUGGCCUUGCUUUCUUACAAUUGGUAUCCUUCUUCAGUAUUUGUUGGAGAUACAUAUACAUACUUUGCAGGGAUGACAAUGGCUGUUGUUGGAAUUUUAGGCCAUUUUAGUGAAACACUUCUGAUUUUCUUUUUGGCACAAGUAUUAAACUUCCUCUUGUCAGUCCCUCAGCUUUUUGGCUUCAGGCAUUGUCCACGACAUCGUCUGCCUAGGUUUGAUCCUCAGACAGGACUUCUUACAGGAACAGAUGACGGUACACUUGUUAAUUUUUACUUGAGAAUGUUCGGCAGGAAGUCAGAAAAUUCACUUUGCGUGCAUCUUCUUCUUGUUCAGGCACUCGGAUGCUGCAUAUGUUUUGGGCUGAGGUAUUUACUUACCGGUUGGUAUAAAUGAUGCAACAUGGUCAAAGAAGCGAUCUUCAAGCUGUAUUUAUUUACAUUCUUAAGGUUUUGCUUACGGCAUGGUUUGUUGUAUGACUUGGCAUCAUGCUGUAAAGAGCAAUACUGGUUACACGGAGGGCAUGAUUCAAUGGAGGACAUUUGCACUUCAAGCCGAUGCCAGCAUUUGUAUGAAAGAUGCAUGGUGUUUUCCUGGGAUUUGACUUUUAACACAAUUUUGUAAUUUGAAUCUUUACGGGGAAGAGACUUGAUAAAGAUAGAGAAAGUGUUGAAGCUUGGUCUCGAAGUUACCACUGAAUUGUUUCGGAUGGAACACCUCUAGCUUCACCAACCCCAUGUAUUUUUUUUUCUUUAAUCCUUCUUUAUUCAGAAUCCAAUUAGAAAUGCUAUUGGCUUUGAGAAA